UUAUCUGUUAUCUUAACUUUUUCCUCUUUGUUUUUGUUGUUACUUGACACUUGUUAGUUGUUAUUACCUAUUUUGUUUUUACGAAGUUCAAAGUUACGAAGUAACGACUUACGACCGAAAGUUGUAGCUGUAGUUGUAGUUAUUGACUAACCAAACUACUGAAGUAAGACGUAACGUCUAUUGUCUCGAGUUCCGUCGACCGUCGUGAGUCGUUGUACUAUUGAAGUAUUAAAAAUUGCUUGUCACUAGGUAUCAGAAUGGAUAAUAAAGCUGUACACCAACCAAUGGUCACUGACGAACCUCAAAAUGAAGUUCAAGUUUCCAACAUUCAUCCAUUGUCUGAUCACAUGAAUAUAAGUGUGGCGUUUAAGGAAAUAGUGUCCAAGGAUCCACCUAGGUAUACAAAAUUUCUCGAAGCUAUCAAUAAGACAUUUGAAGAAAUUAGCGAUUGCAUUGGUCCAGAAGAGUUUAAAAACAUAAUGGGCGAUAUAUCAUUUUUAAAAAGUAAAAGGAAUGUAACAAAUUUGUUGUCUACAUUAAAAACGCAGAUCAGGAAUCUGAUGAGCAAGCAUUUUGAACAAAUUAUUGAGGAAGAAAAUCUGUCUGAACUAUUUACCAAAAAGAAUGCAUUAAAUGAGGAAGAAGCAAAAAAAUAUUACAUUAAUAAUGAAUCCAUGGAAAUCAUAGAACUAGAAGAGACUAUACGUAAACUUGAUGUACAAAUUUCUGAUUUGGAAGAAACUAAUGAAGUUUUGUUCAAUCAAGGAAAGUUCAAUAAACAGCGAUUUGAUCAAGUAUCAGAGAGGAUAACAAUUUUAAUAGAAGAAUGUGAAACUAAAUACAAUAACAUUUUACAACAAAUAGACUUAAUGAGAAAAGAUUUCACCAACAUACUGAAAGAUCCUUGAACAUCGGAUAGAAUUUAUUUUUAAUUAAAAAUAAUUAAUUUUUAUGAGUAACACUAACCAUUAAGAAAUGUCAAUUAUACUUUUAUAUUUAAUA